GGAAGUGCGGACCGUAGGCGAGCCCUCCUGACAUCCAAAGUUCAUCUGCUGGCUCUAUCUGUUUUUCCAUUGAGCCAAUUGCAGCAUACAUAAAUUCCCGUGGCACACGUCAAAUAAUCCUUGAGUUUGUAUAAGAGACUCCUGACCUUUCCUGAUAUUUCCCAACAGUCUGAACUCAAGUUGUCCGCUACCAUGUCGCUCACGGUUGAAUCGGUUACUACCCAAGAAGAAGCAUGCCGCCUCCCCUCGUUCGACAGUAAUGUCGCCUGGGAGAUCGGACACAUCAUCCGCGCCAAUGUCCAAAAAAAGUUUACCCGCCCCGUCGUCAUCUAUAUCGCGCACGCGAACUCAUCCCAGCUCCUCUUCUUCGCCACCUCAGGACCUGGUACACUUCCCGACAAUAUGCACUGGGUGAAGCGCAAGGAGGCAGUGGUGCUCCGUUGGGGAUGCUCAACGAUGCGCAUGAGAUUAUCGUUGCAGACCAAAACAAAGACACUCCAAGAAGUAUAUGAGAUGAGCGAUCCAAGUAUAUAUGCGGUGCACGGCGGAGGUUUUCCGGUGAAAGUAGAGGGCGUAGAGGGGGUCGUGGGAGUGAUAGUGGUCAGUGGUCUCGCGCAGGAAGACGACCAUAGUGUCAUUGUGGAUGGUAUCCAAGAAUACCUUGCGAAGAAUCCUUGA